GACUGGCGCAUGCCACGGAGCGCCCCUCGGGCCGUCGCCGCUCCUGCCCGGGCCCCUGCUGCUGCUGCUGUCGCCUGCGCCUGCUGCCCCAACUCGGCGCCCGACUUCUUCAUGGUGUGCGGAGGUCAUGUUCGCUCCUUAGCCGGCAAACGACUUUUCUCCUCGCCUCCUCGCCCCGCAUGUUCAGGACCAAACGAUCUGCGCUCGUCCGGCGUCUCUGGAGGAGCCGUGCGCCCGGCGGCGAGGACGAGGAGGAGGGUGCGGGGGGAGGCGGAGGAGGAGGCGAGCUGCGGGGAGAAGGGGCGACGGACGGCCGGGCGCAUGGGGCCGGUGGCGGCGGCGCGGGCAGGGCUGGCUGCUGCCUGGGUAAGGCGGUCCGAGGUGUCAAAGGUCACCACCAUCCCCACCCCCCAGCCGCGGGCGCCGGCGCGGCCGGGGGCGCCGAGGCGGAUCUGAAGGCACUCACGCACUCGGUGCUCAAGAAACUGAAGGAACGGCAGCUGGAGCUGCUGCUCCAGGCCGUGGAGUCCCGCGGCGGUACGCGCACCGCGUGUCUCUUGCUGCCCGGCCGCCUGGAUUGCAGGCUGGGCCUGGGGGCGCCCGCCGGCUCGCAGCCCGCGCAGCCGCCCUCGUCCUACUCGCUCCCUCUCCUGCUGUGCAAAGUGUUCAGGUGGCCGGAUCUCAGGCAUUCCUCGGAAGUCAAGAGGCUGUGUUGCUGUGAAUCUUACGGGAAGAUCAACCCCGAGCUGGUGUGCUGCAACCCCCAUCACCUUAGCCGACUCUGCGAACUAGAGUCUCCCCCUCCUCCUUACUCCAGAUACCCGAUGGAUUUUCUCAAACCAACUGCAGACUGUCCAGAUGCUGUGCCUUCCUCCGCUGAAACAGGGGGAACGAAUUAUCUGGCCCCUGGGGGGCUUUCAGAUUCCCAACUUCUUCUGGAGCCUGGGGAUCGGUCACACUGGUGCGUGGUGGCAUACUGGGAGGAGAAGACGAGAGUAGGGAGGCUCUACUGUGUCCAGGAGCCCUCCCUGGACAUCUUCUAUGAUCUACCUCAGGGGAAUGGCUUUUGCCUCGGACAGCUCAAUUCGGACAACAAGAGUCAGCUGGUGCAGAAAGUGCGGAGCAAGAUCGGCUGUGGCAUCCAGCUAACGCGGGAAGUGGAUGGCGUGUGGGUGUACAACCGCAGCAGUUACCCCAUCUUCAUCAAGUCAGCCACACUGGACAACCCGGACUCCAGGACGCUGUUGGUACACAAGGUGUUCCCCGGUUUCUCCAUCAAGGCUUUUGACUAUGAGAAAGCGUACAGCCUGCAGCGGCCCAACGACCACGAGUUCAUGCAGCAGCCGUGGACUGGCUUCACUGUGCAGAUCAGUUUCGUGAAGGGCUGGGGCCAGUGCUAUACCCGCCAGUUCAUCAGCAGCUGCCCGUGCUGGCUGGAGGUCAUCUUCAACAGCCGGUAGCCACGUGGGGAGAGGACAGAGCGUGAGCCGAGCGGGCCCAGUCCAAACUACUUUGCUGCUAAUGUUUUCCUCCUGAGUGCUUGCUUUUCAUGCAAACUCUUU